CAGGGGGCAGGUGCAGAACUGAAACCUCCACCUCAUGCAAAUAUAACGAGUUUUAGAGAGCGCGGGGCUGCGCGUUUGGGGUGAGAUUUGAUGGAAAGUUGUUAAAUUCAGACCACAGUAAAGUUAUCAGAAGGUCCUCGCGCUCAGCCUCGUGCAGUAGUUGUGCUUUAAGGUUCCACCUGUUACAGCAGGUAAGUGACGCAAUGCCCCAGCUGACCGCAGCGCUGCAGCUGGCGCUGUUGCUCUCCGCGGUGCCCGCUCAGUACCUGAUCAGCAGAUGGACCAGUGGAACAGCAGCGCAGCGCAGCGACGCCACACAGGGAAUCGUGGAUGUGUGGAAAAAUGUGAGGAAGUCGUACCUAAACGUGACUGUGUGGGUAGACUGGCUGAACUCCUGGGUCCCCAAUAUGCCGCUCCUCGGAGGGCAGGAAGAGGACAUGGGGCGCAUGAUGGAGGAGACGUUUGCGCUGGAGCUGAUGAUGCACAGUAAUGACCAGGGCUAUUUUGGGGUCUCUAAGGAGCAGCGUAGCCCCAGGCCGGAGUAUGUGCUGCACCGUGUUGGAGAGGUUGUCAUAGAGACACAGAAUAACAUGGUGGGGGUAAUAGUGGGCUGGGACACUGGACUACAAGCCCCUCCGGAGUGGAUAAAAAGGAAGAAAUUCACAGACUCAGAGGUGAGAAGACUGGAGGACACGCCGCACUACAGAAUUCUGUUCAGUGGCCCUAAUCAGUCCUCUCUGAUGAUUGGAUAUCUGCCCCAGAAUGCAAUACAGCUGUUUGAGGGAUAUCAGCCAGACAUCCCUACUCUGGAUCAGUACUUCUAUCACUUUGAUGGGAAAAGGUUUGUGAUGCAGGAGUGGUUGAAAGAGGUUUACCCUGAAGACUGAGGGACAGAACAAAUCAGCGCACUAAGGACAGAACAGAUACACUUCUGUCAUCUCACUGUGAAGGUUUGGACGUUGUUCUCCACAGUGGACGCACAGCAUCAGCUGUUUCAAAUUAGCACUUUAGUCACUUUGAGAUGCACUCCUUUCACUGCCACACCUUGAAGCCUCCUGCUUCAGAAUGGAUGUGAUUUGGGUCGGGUUUGUGCUUACAGGGCUCUUACAGUAGCCUGAUUUGGAACUGCAGGGAUAUUUAUGUAACAUUGCUUUAACUUGUAAAUUAUGUGACAGGGUGGAGAGCUGAGGGAUGGAGUCCAGCACAGUUUCCUCAAUUCUCUGAUCUGACAACAACUAGUAAUUAACUGGGCUGAAUCACUGAAACUGUGCAGGAAUGAGUUCCCCACCCUGGCAACAAUAUCAAUAUAAAUGGCAGUUCACUAAAUGAUUGAUGAUCAAAUGAAGGACCAGCUCACAGAAUGAGACUUUACAUUUCUUCUCCGUUGUUUAAUUACCAGUGUUGAUCAUACAUGCACUGGUUAGUGUGAAUGUAAUUCAGGCAAUACAGUCCAUGUAAUCUUUGUAUGUUGUACAACAGUAUUGUAUUUUUAAUUUCCUUAAAAGUUAAGAUGUAUUAAAACACAGUUAAAGUAUAUGAAGCAUUUCAGUAAGACAUUUAGUAAACUAAGUAGCCUAAAGCUUGUCCUAUUUCAGUCACUGCUCUAAAGAAGUUGACCUCUCUUGCUGCUUUUAAUUUUUGAUUUCUGAUUAAAGUGAUACGUUUGAUCCAUGUUUGGUCCA